UCGAAGAUGCUACGCCAGCUGCUCUGUUUCGGAAUAUUGUUGGCCAUCCUGGUGGGAUUUGGCCAGGCCGAGUGCAAUGUCUGCUCAGUGGAGAAUAACGCAGCCUGCGUUUCCAACAAUCAGUACCAAAACUGCACGGCGGAUGGGAUUCCGAGUGGACCAGUCUACACCUGCCCAACCUAUACCAACUGUACGGGAUCGACGGGUGGCUGCACUGCUAAUCCGGCCUUGGCCUCCUGUAAUGAUUGCAACAAGUGUGACGGAACUGCAUCUUACACCUGCACAGGUCCCAGCACUUUCGGGCUGUGCGAUGGUGCAAAUAUAGUUGGAAAGGUAGAGUACCCCUGUGCAACAGGGGAGGUGUGUAUUGCCAACAUCGGGAGUCCUUGUGCGCCGUCUUUAAAUGGAACUGGAGCCACUUGCUCAUACUAUAAUGCCACCAAUGUGAUCGGGGACCUCUGCACUCUGAAGGCCUCUACAGGUCGCUAUCCGUAUCCUGAUGAUUCCAGCUGUCUUACAUACAUUUAUUGCUUCCGUAAGAACUCAACUUGGACUGGAAAUACCUGGCCGUGCCCCUCAUCAAAACCUUAUUUCAGUGCAGCAACUUUUACCUGUGUCAAAACAAAACCUUCAACUUGUGUAUAAUAUCUCUGUCAGAGAAAGAAUAUUCAUUUGAUUAUUAAAAUUAUUUUUAGUUUAGUUAUAUUUUGAUCAAAUAUUUUGAUCAAUCAUUUGAAAAUA